AUGACGGACAAUCAGACAGGAAACACGACGGGCACCUCAGAAGGUCCCGCAUCCUCGCACUCGGAAUUGUUUGGGCUCCAAGGUCAGAAGAGAGCAUCGACGACUGCAGGCGCUGGAGCAGGAUCAGGCAUUAUCGGGACGAGUGGGCAUGCUGGGGCUGCUAAGAAGGGUGCCGACCUAGAAAGUGGGAGCGAGAUUCAGAACGCUGGUGUGGCUGGCGUCGAUGAGGGAGGGAAGAGCAGCACCGUCACAGGAUCUGGCGGCGAGACUCUAACUCCAAGUCAAGGAAGUGGAGAUGUCCGACCUGCGGGAGAAGACAAGGGCGUUUUUGACAAGUUGAACCCAUUGAAGUGA